AUGGCUACACACUGGCGAGAGAUUUAUGAAAAAGCAAAGUACGAAAACAGACACAGGUUCGAUCCUGAAUUCAAGUGGACGGCAGAAGAAGAGAGGAGACUGGUCAGAAAGAUUGAUCUCAGAAUAAUGCUGUGGGCAUGGGUCAUGUUUUGUGCUUUGGACCUCCAUCGUCGAAAUAUUAAUCGUGCCAUCUCAGAUAACAUGCUUCCGGAAAUAGGCAUGAACACAAAUGACUUCAACUACGGCCAGACAAUAUUUCUUGUGACUUUUCUAGCUGCUGAACUUCCCAGCGGUCUCAUUUCAAAGAGAAUAGGGGCUGAUAGAUGGAUCCCAUUCAUCAUGAUGGGCUGGUCCAUUACUGCCGGGUGUCAAGCAUUCCUCCACAGCAGAGCAGCUUAUUUCGUUAUAAAGGCUUUGCUUGGCUUGCUUAUGGGUGGUUUCAUUCCUGAUAUUGUUCUUUGGCUUACUUAUUUCUAUAAGUCAAAUGAGCUUCCUGUUAGGCUGGCCUGGUUCUGGACAGCUCUGAGCACCGUAAACAUUGUCGGUUCAUUGAUUGCCUCUGGAGUUCUUCAAAUGAGAGGCAUUGCAGGCUGGGGAGGCUGGCGAUGGCUAUUUCUCAUCGAGGGUAUACUGACUCUUAUUGUUGGCACAUUCUCUUGGGUCCUCAUGCCACCUGGGCCUUGUCAGACGCGAAAUUGGUUCCGUGGCAAAGAUGGUUGGUUCAACGAACGGGAGGAGUACAUCAUGGUCAACAGGCUUCUACGUGACGACCCAAGCAAAGGUGAUAUGAACAAUCGACAAGGCGUGGGCCCUAGCCUUUUGUUCAAAGUACUUCAGGAUUGGGAACAGUGGCCGCUCUACCUUCUCGGGCUUGUCGUCUACAUCCCGCCGGGUCCCCCAAGCACAUAUCUGUCGUACAUCCUUCGAAAUAUUGGCUUCUCGGUGUUCAAAGCCAACUUGCUCACUAUCCCGUCUCAAUUCCUGUUCGCAGUCAACCUAAUCAUCAUAUCCUGGGUAUCUGAACGAUUCAAGGAACGCGCGAUAAUUUCGUCAAUUUCCAAUAUUUGGAUAUUUCCAUGGCUCAUCGCUCUGGUUACUCUCAAAGCAGAUGCGUCCCCUUGGAUACGAUACGCUCUUCUCACGGGUUUACUAAGCUACCCAUACUGUCACGCUAUUGUGGUCAGCUGGAAUGCUAAGAACAGCAAUGCCGUCCGUACAAGAGCUGUUAGCGCUGCUCUGUAUAACAUGUUUGUGCAGAGUGGCAAUAUCAUCUCCUCCAACAUCUACCGAGACGAUGACCAACCUCUUUAUAGGCGAGGCAAUAAGAUCUUACUCGCUAUCAACUGUUUCAAUAUUGUUCUCUUCUAUCUUGUCAAGUUAUUCUACAUUUGGCGAAACAAAAUAAGAGAGAGGCAAUGGAACGCCAUGACGAAAGAAGAGCAGGAAGACUAUUCUCUCAACACCAAAGAUGAAGGAAUGAAGCGUCUAGACUUUAGAUUUGUCCACUAG